AUGUCUCAACCUAUUGUCUCGCGACCUCCAUCUCCGAAGCUGGGCGUAUUCUCUCCUCCUUUCGACAAUGCGGAUGCGGAUGUCAUUUUGCAUACUUCUGACGGUGUCCAAUUCCGUGUUUACAAGAUUAUUUUGAUUAUCGCUUCAUCCGUAUUGAAAGACGUACUUUCAUCGGCUUCAUCAUCUACGCAGCCCUCUCACCCAGCGGCAACGGGAAUCAAAUCGAGACAAGAAGAGAACACAAUAAUUCUCGACAUCAAGGAAGACAGUCAGACAACCGAGAGGUUGUUGCACUUCUGUUAUCCUUCCGCUGAUCCUGCCCUCCACACUUUGGAUGAUGUACAGGGUGUACUGGAGAUGAUGAAAAAGUAUGAGAUGAUUGAGGUGAUAGAAAGAGUGCGGAAGUUGCUUGUCACACCACACUUUUUGGAGCUAGACCCACUGCGAGUUUUCGCCAUCGCUUAUCGCUAUCGGCUGGAGGAAGAAACUAGGCUGGCAGCCAAAUAUACCCUUCGUCAUCCAAUUUUUGGACCAUUCGUCAGUGACCUGGAUCACAUCCCUGCUUCUGCAUAUUACCGACUUCUCGAAUACCAUCGAAAAUGUGGCAUAGCAGCAUGCGCCCUCACCGCUGACUUUACGUGGUUUCCUAACUCAGCCUCUCGCUGGGUGUGGUUCCAAUGUGACGACUGUGUCCACCAUUCUUUAUCCUGGCCACUGGCGGAUGGAAAGAUAUACGAGGUGAACUCAUGGUUCAUCGAGUAUAUGGAACGAGCGAGAGAUGCUCUGCGGGAAAUUCCAUGCUCGAAGACUGUUAGCGACCCUCUUCUUCUCUGUCCAUCUCUAGAGAGGGCGGCGGGGUGCCCUACCUGCCGAUUUUCCGCUUUUGUGGAUUUUAGUGUAUUUACGACCGAUUAUUUCAGUGCGGAGGUUGAGAAAGCAAUCGACGCAGUAGAUCUUAAUAUCCCAUUCUAAUGUAAAGCAUCUAGUUUGUGCAAUUCUCUGUAAUUAUGAAUGCGAAAUGAAACACAACAACCCAUGAUAUCC